AUGAAUAGAAGAAGAGGACAUGAGGAAGAAGAUGGAUAUGAUCGGGUUCAUCGUAAAAGACGUCGUGUAUCAGAAAAUCAGGAAAUUGAAGACAGAUUAGAAUCCCUUAUAUUAAGAGUUGGCGAAAAAAGUAGUUCCAGUUUGGAGAGUAAUCUUGAAGGCUUAGCUAGCGUUUUAGAAGCAGAUUUAAGCACUUUCCGUGUAAAGAUCUUGCGUAUCCUUACUGAAUGUGCCAUACGUAUGCCUGAGAAAUGUACUAUUUAUGCUACGUUGGUUGGUCUACUCAAUGCGAAAAAUUAUAAUUUUGGUGGAGAAUUCGUGGAUUAUAUUGUAAAGACAUUUAAAGAAAAUUUAAAGACAGGAAAAUGGAAUGCGGCUAGGUAUUGUCUACGUUUUAUUUCAGAUUUAGUCAAUUGCCACGUAUUGGCUGCAUCAUCUUUAUUGACACUCUUAGAAACUUUGGUUGACUGCGCUAAUGAAGAUGGAGUACCACAAGUUAGAAGAGAUUGGUUCGUAUUCGCUGUUCUCUCAACUUUGCCAUGGGUUGGGAGAGAAUUAUAUGAGAAGAAAGAAUCUCAACUCGAUCAUUUACUAGUAACAAUAGAAGUGUUUCUAAAUAAAAGAAGUAAAAAGCACUGGCCAGCAUUAAAAGUGUGGUCAGCAGACUCACCUCACCUUCAAGAAGAAUAUUUGGAUUGUCUGUGGGCACAAAUUAAAAAGUUGAGACAAGACAACUGGUCGGAAAAGCAUAUUCCGAGACCUUAUCUUGCUUUUGAUUCUAUUCUUUGUGAGGCUUUACAACAUACUCUUCCAAGUAUACAGCCUCCACCACACAAUGAUGGGGAUACUUACCCCAUGCCAAGAGUUAUAUUUCGUAUGUUUGACUACACAGACUGCCCAGAUGGUCCAGUUUUACCAGGAGCACAUUCUAUUGAGAGAUUUCUAAUUGAAGAACAUCUUCACAAUAUUUUAGAAGCAUAUCACUUGGAACGCAAGGAAUGUGCUGCCCAACUUCUGUGCUUUCCAUAUAAAGCUAAAAUUCCACUUGAAUACUGUAUUGUUGAGGUGAUUUUUGCAGAGUUAUUUAAUCUGCCUGUACCAAGAUAUUUGGAGAUUUGCUAUGGUUCGAUUCUUAUUGAACUUUGUAAGCUUCAGCCUUCUACUAUGCCCCAAGUACUAGCUCAAGCUACGGAAAUUCUUUUUAUGAGAAUUGACACAAUGAAUGUGGCUUGUUUUGACAGAUUUGUCAAUUGGUUUGCAUAUCAUCUAAGCAACUUUCAAUAUCGUUGGUCGUGGGAAGAUUGGGAAGGAUGUAUUCAACUUGAUCCAGACCAUCCUAAGCCUCGGUUUAUAAGAGAAGUCUUAGGAAAAUGUCUCAGGUUGUCAUAUCAUCAAAGAGUGAAGGACAUGACACCAGAGACCUUAGCUCCCUUGGUGCCACUUAAACCAGAACCAAUUUACAAGUAUUCAAUGGAAGGAGCAGGUAAGUUACGAAAAUAA